AAUUCCCUUCACCCACCACACCCAACUCCGACCGAUCUCCACUCCAGACAUAAUUCGUCGGUUAACCUAUCCUUAAAAAACAGAUACACGUCACGGUCACUUCGUAAACAGCCGGUCGAUCAUGGCUUCUUCCCUUGGCCACUUCGCCUGCCACGGCUCCCCCGCCGCUGCCUCGCCGACGCCCAGCUUGCUGGGCCGCUUCAGCCCCGACUUCUGCGCCCUCGCUGCCCUUCGGCCGAUCAGACCGGCCGCCGCCGGCGCCAAGCCCCCGAGAGACGCCACCACCUCCACCGAGCAGGAGCAACAAGAGCAGGAGCAGCAGCUCGCCUCCUCGUGGCGCGGCGCUUACGAGGAGCCGUCGCCGUCGCCGUCGGUAUCCUCGACGGAGGCGCAAGAUCCCUCGGCGCUGCGCGUGGGGAUCAUCGGGUUCGGCAACUUCGGGCAGUUCAUCGCCAGGGGCAUCCAGCGGCAGGGCCACGCCGUGCUGGCCACCUCCAGAUCCGACUACUCCGAGUACUGCUCCGCCCACGGGAUACGCUUCUUCAGAAGCUUGGAGGCGCUGUGCGAGGAGCAGCCGGACGUGCUGCUGGUUUGCAGCUCCAUCCUCUCCACGGAGUCCGUCGUCCGGGCCACCCCCCUCGCCAAGCUCCGCCCCGACACCAUCGUCGCCGACGUGCUCUCCGUCAAGCAGUUCCCCCGCAACCUCCUCCUCGAGAUCCUACCGCCGGAGUUCGGCAUUGUCUGCACACACCCCAUGUUCGGGCCGGAGAGCGGAAAGCACGGCUGGAGCAAGCUCCCCUUCGUCUACGACAAGGUUCGCGUCGCGGAGGAAGGAGGUCAGAAGGCCAAGUGCGACCGGUUCUUGAGCAUCUUCGAGCAGGAGGGGUGUCGGAUGGUGGAGAUGACAUGCGCAGAGCAUGACCGCCACGCCGCGGGAAGCCAGUUCAUCACGCACACCAUUGGGAGGGUUUUGGCGCAGCUAAACCUCCAGUCCACACCGAUCAACACCAAGGGUUACGAGACCCUCCUGCAGCUUACGGAGAACACAGUGAGCGACAGUUUCGAUCUAUACUACGGACUCUUCAUGUACAACGUGAAUGCCACAGAGCAGAUGGACAAACUGGACAGGGCGUUUGAUGAUGUGAAGCAGAUGCUAUACGGCAGGCUGCAUGGUGUACUGCGAAAGCAGAUCGUAGAGCGGGUCCCCAUGCCUGGAGCCCCUUCGUCGCGAUCGAGAGAAGGCAGGGAAAGUCCUGCUGCUAACACACAAGAGACGAAGCCCCUAUCCCCCUCCCCUUGUCAUACGUUUUCCACGGUGGCUUUCAGCACCGCAAAAUGUUGAAUCUGUGUAUCUUUCUCGCCGUUGUAAUAUCGUUAAUCAAGCAUCUGCGAUUAGGGCUCUAUGCAUGUAAUAUUGACCAAGCUUUUUAUUUAUUUAUUUUGCGAAA